UCUCCCCAAGUAGAUCUAUUUGUAGUCUUGUAGUAAACUCUCCUUUCAGCGCCUUGCCCAGAGUUUCAUGGUGAUCCUCUUUUUCGACAGCUCAACAAGACAUUUGAGCAAUACUGAUCGAAAUCCUUGCGUAUUUGCCGUCAGUUCGAUAUUAGUAACAUUACAGCGGAGGACGAGAGUGUUGGGUACCAGUAGAUCUACUACUGUCAUUGUAGUACGAGUGUAUGUAAUAACACACAGUGAACAGAAUUUUCUUGGCCCGAUACUGCACGGGAGAAGACAGCUUCUGUGAUUGAGAGCUUCCCUAGGACAGGUUCCUGACUUGGCCGGAGUCAUGAGCCAAGCAGCGCGCCCGCAACAAGUAGCAACUCUUUUGGCGCAGUUGCCUCCCAAAAAACUGCAGCAGUAUCGUAAAGUUCUUGGCGUGCUAAGAGAGAAUCACCAGACCUUUCUAGAAUUUCACCGGAGUGUUAGAACUCCGCUCACAGCGUAUUCAGCUGCUACCGCCAGUGCUACUACUAGUCCAGGCAAACAGGAACAUGAUCUGACUCGGAACAGAAACAAUCGCAUUGGUCCCCGAACACUUGGACAAACAAAUGCCUUGCAGUCCCAAGAUGCUACUGGAUCUAGAACGCUACAAGCCAGCAGGCUACCCCGAUCAGGAGCUAUUCAAGGACAGAAAUGCCAGAAUACACUACCAUCAAGCAUGUCCGAGUUGACAUCAGCUAGCAGUGAUAUGCAGUAUGGUCAUCAACAGCACCAUCAACAACAAGGGCAACAGCGACAGGAUCUGUUAGAUCAUGAACAGCUAGGUGGUUGUGCUGACGGGUUGCAAACAAAUCAGGACACGUGUGGGGAUCCUGACCUGCUUUUGGAGCCUUGGAUGUUGGAUGAAGAUGGAUUUGAAGAUGAUCUUUUUGAUUUGACGCCACCCAACCAACGGUCAACUGUCCAACUUCCCCUGCACAGUGAAUAUGUGGGAAACAGCAAGCUGCAAACCCCCAGUGUAUGUCCUGUUGCUGAGCCUGAUGCAUUGGCAAUGACCUCUACAAGCACUGUAGCGACAACAGGCAACAUGGUCAUGGCAGAUCAUAGUACAAAGACCUGCCUGAGACCAUCAGCCACUGCACAUUUGUCUAACUCUGACAUGUCUGUUUCCACCAAUCACUCAGUAGCACCCUGCACACCAUCUAGUACACAGAAGAGAACUCCGGGAGAGAAAACAGCGUCGUCAGCAUCAUCGUGCCUUUCUGAUCCAACGCAACGUAAUCUUUACAAGUAUGCUUCUAAAUCAUCCACAUCGGGUACUGGAAACUUACCUAGCAAUAGUGAACAUGGCUGGGAUAUAGAUAGCAAAGGCAAUACCAACAGUAACAAGGUUACUAAUACAAGAAAUAUCCGUCACCCCAAUGCGUCACAUUCUGGACAAAAGGGCAAUGGUGCAAGUAGUGAUAUAGGCGUUGGCAGGAUCGUCGGCAGAACUGGGUCAAGCAAUGGGUUAUUCAACAGCAACAAAACGACACCCACAUUUUCGCCAGUGGUUGCUCGUCCCGAUUCGUCGGUGAUCAAAAAUGGGAGGAAAGCAAUGGCAGCUGAUGGUACAGCCAAGAAGUCCACCAUGCACUCGACUGUUGAUAUUGCGUCGCUGUCAAUCACACAAUUCGAAAAGAUACAACAGCAGAUACUAUCGGCAGCAGACGUGUACUUAGCACUAAGUUUCUCAGAUGGAUCAACCCAACUAAGAGAAGCUGCGGAUAGAAAGCGUAAACGAGACCAAGAAGGGAACUCCGGUCAAAAGGCUGUUAGGUUGACAGUAGCAUAUCCCAUGGUUGAGGAUGAUCAGCCGGUCGGUAAUGUCACGAAGACAGCACAGUGCACCUCGCUAGAAAGCCCGUCUACAGCACGGAGUGGGAUAAAGUUUGUCUGCAUGCCGUUGGAGAAGCGGCCUUCUGAUUCUUCCCAUGUGUUCACAUGGACCAGGAAACUACUGGAGAAACUGAUGGUGACUGAUGGUCAUAAGGUUUGUUUCAGUGCCCAGGAGUUGAUCAUCGCUCUAGUUGAAGUGUUCAACUUCCCUAUCAACUCUGUAUCAUCAUGGUGCGUCCUUGACUUGAAAAUAGCCUGCUGGAUGCUAGACUCCGAUCAGCCACCAGAAAGAUUUGGUGAUUCUGUUAAGCAAUUACGCCGGAGUGGGCUCACUCAACAGGCUAAGUUCACAGUGGGUAUGUCGAAAAAGCAGGCUCUGUGUGAAGACCUGUGCCUCCUGGGACCUGCCUGGCAUAAAGCACGCGACCUGCUACUGGAAAGAAAGAUAUGGAACCUCUUUGUCAAUGUGGAGACAAAACUUAUCCCCAUCUUAGCAGGCUUGGAAACCCAGGGUAUAUUAGUAGACAUAGAGCAGCUCACAUCAUUCAGCAACCUACUACAGGAAGAAAUCAAGCUUGUUGAGGAGAUGGCUUACAAGGCUGCUGGACAUUCCUUCAUGAUGAACAGCGUUGCACAGUUGAGGAAGGUGUUAUAUGAUGAAUUGAAGCUUGAUCAAAAGUGUUCCAAACGAUUAGCAAGGACUCAGGCUGGUCACAUGAAGUCCACGGCAGAGAAAGUUCUGCAACAGCUGGAGGAACAUCACAGCCUGCCGGGCCUUAUCCUAGAGUACAGACAUCUCACAAAAGUGAAGUCAACCUACAUUGACGGGCUAUUUCCCCAUGUAGAGAAGGGAAUAGUACGAAGCUGUUGGAUACACGAUGGAACAGCUACCGGCCGAUUGACUUCAGUUAACCCAAACAUUCAAAACAUUCCAAAGACUGAGAUUCAACUCAAGCGCAGUAAACCAUCAGUCAAUGAUGUCUGUCCAGUUAGCGUUCACCCACGUGACGUAUUUGUCAGCUCACCAGGAUGGUCUUUUCUCAGUGCUGAUUUCCAGUCUAUCGAGCUUCGGUUGCUUGCACACUUGUCCAAUGACACUGUUCUCUUGAAGAUCUUCAACGACCCAGAGAGCAGUGACAUAUUCAUGAGGUUGACUUCUGAAUGGCUUUCAAUUCCAGCUGAUGCUGUAACACAGCAAGACCGAGAGAAAACAAAACGUCUUGUCUAUGCUGUGAUCUACGGAGUUGGAAGCGAGCGUUUGUCUGAAAUACUUGGCACAACUAGCGAAGAAGCGAAGGACUACAUGGACGCCUUUCUAAGGAAGUUCCCAUCACUGCACCAGUAUACCCAGCGAGUUGUACAGCAAAGCAGAGCUGAUGGCUACUGCCGUUCAAUGUUUGGUCGCCUGCGACUGAUUCGUGACAUCCGUGCACCAGUGGCAGGCAGCAGACUUCAUGCUGAACGACAGUCGGGGAAUUUUGUCAUACAAGGCAGUGCAGCAGACCUUUGCAAAGCAGCCAUGGUAAACCUUGCACAUGCCAUUCACCACCAGCCUCUGCUUCAUGCCAGAUUACUAUUGCAAAUUCAUGAUGAGCUCCUACUGGAGGUGCCAGAUGAUGAGCUAGAACAAACCCAAGCCCUUGUGUCACAAGUUCUGCAAGACACCAGAUGUCUAUGCAAGGGAUUUCCUGUUCACCUCAAGGUAGGGUUGCCUGUCUCAUUGCGUCAUGGCAAGACCUGGGGACAGAUGAAAAGUAUUGAGACAACUCCACCCACCACAGAGCCACCUUCUUCACAACAUUGAUCGAAGAAAGCAACACGUUUUCAACUAUAAGCGAAG